AUGGAACAAACCCAUCCGGAGUUCAUGCGUGGUGAAGAUUCGGAUACACGUUAUACGGAUACUCUGUUUAUUGAACAGCAGCGCGGUUGCAGUAUCAAAGCUACGCCAAUUACAAUAGUAAUGGAGGAUUCGCGUCAGAAGAGCUUCCUUCUGAAUGUCAUUGAUACUCCGGGCCAUGUGAAUUUUUCGGACGAAAUCACAGCAGCUUAUCGAUUGAGUGAUGGCGCAGUAGUCAUCGUAGAUGCACAUGAAGGGGUGAUGCUACAAACGGAGCGUGCAAUUCGACAUGCUGUGCAGGAGCGUUUACCAUUGACUGUUUGCAUCAACAAAAUCGAUCGACUGAUUUUGGAACUCAAAUUACCACCCACUGAUGCGUACUAUAAAUUGCGCUUUGUUCUUGACCAGAUCAACAGCUUGCUUCACUCACGAUACAAUAUCUGCUUUUCGUUACGUAGCUUUGCGAAUCUCUACGCCGAGCACUAUGGUUCGUUUAAUGGAAUAGAAUUUGCACGUCGAUUAUGGGGCGACCAGUACUUUGACAAGAAAUCUCGCAAAUUUGUACGAAAGCCACCACAUCAGGGAGCGACACGUUCGUUCGUUGAAUUUAUUCUCGAACCUCUCUACAAAAUAUUUUCCCAGGAUUCGAGCCGACGUCGAUUAGGACAAUUAGCAGUAUUGUAA